AUGUGGGACACCAACAAGGUGUUCCGCAAGAGGAACGUGCACGCCGCUCGAGCAGGAGGGGCCCAGGAGCUGGCCAUCGAAGGCACGCCGCGGGCCGAGAUCGCGGAGCUGGGUCACUGGGCGCUCGACAAGAUGACGCGAGCGUACAUCACCGCCAUUCCGGUGGGGGUGGUGAUGAUGAAGACCGGUUACUCUGGUUACAAGCAGGACUACUUCUUGGGUCGGAGUGGGGUGCCGCCCUCCGAGAAGCUCUUGAAGCUCAUCGCCGAGCACAUCUUCCCCGCCGUUGACGCCAUGCUGAAGAAGGCGGAACAUCUCGCUGCCAAGGGGUCCGACGCCGACAAAGCCACCGUGCACUUCUGGCGUACCCUUCAGAUGCUGCGCUGCAUCGUCGCUGAGGACCUAGCGUACUACAACAUGUCCCUCAAGGAGACGCUGAAGUACGAGAUUGAGCGCUCUGCCAACAAGAAGAUUGACUUCCAGAAGGAGGUCGAGAAGCACGACGGCACCAUCGCGUCGCUCACCGCCGAGAUAACCCGUCUCAUCGAGGCACUCCGUGUGUCAGAAGCACGGAGAGUGCCGGAGUCUCCGCUGUCAAACAUUGUAUAUGUUUCUGUUUUGUAG